GUUUGUUCCAGUUAAGUAUGAGGAAAUAAGAGUUUAUCAAAAUAUACAACAAACAUAUUACUGGGAGCAUCUGUUUCCAUUUAACCACUGCUGUUGAGAAUUCUUGGACGUUGCGCGGAAGUUCAUUCUUAAUUCAAUCUUAUAAAACAUUGUGAAAAGUUCACGUGAAGUUGUGAUUUAAACAUGGAAUCUGCAAAACUUAUCUGGAUUAUAGCUCUCGCGACAGUUUUAGAGUUUGGAUCAUGCGAGCCCCACUCAAGACAGAAGAGGUCAACGGUGUGCUAUGGGCAGCUGGGUUGUUUUACAAAUGAGGCACCAUUCAGCAACACUGAAAGUUUGCUGCCUGCAUUUUUCAACACCACAUUCAGACUGUUCACCGAAACCUGUAAGCGUCCGUAUGUUUUACAAGCAGUGGAGAAUGGAUACGGUGACACUAUACUAAGUGACACAGGAUUUAAGUCUGCUUGUAACUUCAACCCUUCACUUCCUUUAAAGAUUGUCGUUCACGGCUUCAUCCAAAAUGGCCGAGUGAAAUGGGUCAAUGACAUGGCUGCCGCACUUCUAAAUAAGGAGCCAGUGACAGUCGUUACCGUUGACUGGGGAGACGGAUCAGGUUUCCCCUACUCACAGGCUUCCGCAAACACGCGUGUUGUUGGAGCGGAAAUUGUCCGACUGAUCAACUUCCUGGGUGCGCACGCAGGUUUGUCUGUUGACAAAGUUCACAUUAUAGGACACAGUCUCGGUGCUCAUGUAGCUGGAUAUGCUGGCGCCGCUUUUACCAGUGCAGGACUACAUAAGAUUGCUAGGAUCACAGGUUUGGACCCGGCCGAGCCGGACUUCAAAGACACGGACCCUCUAGUUCAUCUUGAGAAGACGGACGCCGAGUUUGUUGACAUCAUUCAUUCAGAUGGAUCUGAGUUUGACUAUGUCUCUGGUUUUGGAUGGAUGAAGGCUGUAGGUCAUAUUGAUUUCUAUCCAAACGGAGGAGAAAACCAACCUGGAUGUCAAAGGGAAAAUGUUCGAAACCUCAUGUCUGACGCAUACUAUAAUGGCCUUGUGGACGCCGAGGACACGCUGAGUUGCAGUCAUAGCCGGUCCAUCUAUCUCUUUACUGAGUCCAUCAGUUCAAGUUGUUCCUUCUACGGACACCCUUGUGGUAGCAUCAGCGACCUUGAUUCCAAUGUUGCCAACUGUAUCACGUGUCCACGUGGAGUGUGCCCGGAAAUGGGAUACAACGCGGACAGGUCUUCUGCUCGUGGAAAAUUCUACCUACGUACCCGAGGAAGCGGACCAUACUGUGGGCACACCCAGCACGUGGAAGUUGAGUUCGGACACAUGCAACCAACCAUUGGUCAAGUUAUUGUUACCGUGAUUGGUCAUGACAACGCCUCGGACUCUGUUACAAUCAGAAGUUCUACUCCGUUCCACUCCGGGGAGCAACGUGACAUUCUUGUCGUGGACCGUGAAAGAAUUGGUGACGUAGCAAAAAUGAAUGUGACGUUCAUGCGACCAGGUUCCUUGUUAUCUUGGUUCUGGUCCAGUGACAACCAUCUACAUUAUGUGUCUAUCUUCAAGGUCACAGUGACGUCUGCAGAGGAUGGUCGAAGAAUUCAUUUCUGCGGAGAUCACCGCACAGUUACCGCCGGAAGUACAGUGACAUUGACUCGUAGUACAACUGACCCGAACGAGUGUCUUCAUGCACCAAUGGUUCACUUUCACCAGAACAUUCUGUAAAACUUUGGUUUUGAUGACGUCGAAAAUUAACGUCUGAAGUGUUGGUAGUCAAGACUGAAUCCCUCGUUAUCGUUAGAUAUAUGCGAUAUGUAUAACAAGAACAGGUAUAUAAAGAAAAUUUGAGGAAAAUGAUAUACCGAUAUUGUUAAGAGAAAACGAUCAAAGAA